AUGCCUUCUAAUUUUUUCUCUAAGGUACACAACCAGAGAAAAACUUUUGUAUUUAUACUUCAAUUUGAUUUUUAUACAAAGAAAGCCCAAAAGGCAAAUAUUUCUACAUCAGGACGAAAAAAGAAAGAGCUUCUGGAUUUGAUCAAAGUUCAAGAAAUUGAACCAGUUUAUAUCACCUGUAAUAUUGCGAACAAGUAUGGUCAUACUAGAAUGGCCAACUCGCCUUAUCAUUGUAAGCUCCAGCUCAUCGAGAAGGUAGGGACAAUGCUCAAGAAAUCAAUUGCGUUCAAUCCAGACAGAAAUGAGACUCUUGUAAAUCCAAAAGAUAAGCGUAAUGAUGUUCUGGAAGAAACUCCAGAAAAACACUUGCUUUCUGCCCGAAAGAAGUCUCUCAAAAAUUGCAGAACGUACCAUAGCAAUUAUUUGGAGCAUUGUGCAAGUUCUUGCUGAGUUCCAACUUAUGUAAAUACAAGAAUUUAUACAAUACCCAUGAUGGUCAACGAUAGAUAGUAAAGACUUC